UCUAGAAGUUGUGCCAAUAAUGUACUGACAUCCGCGGUAACGCGCUUUCUUGCUUUUUUGCUAAAAUCAUUGUAACUGUCGAACGCAAAGCCUUUGCAGCCUUGCAGGGGCAUAUAUAGCAGGGGCACCCAACGACAAUAUUUUCGGAAGAAUAUCUGUUCGGAAGACGAUUUGAGAACUAGAAUUUUCGAAAAAUUUGUUGUAAAAUUUCUUGCUUGCCUGCCUCUCCUAGGAUUUUCGAACAUCCAAAAAAUGGUAUAUUUGCCUAUUUUUAACUGAUUUUUACCCUAAAAGGUCACCUAGAAUUUUCGGAAGCCUUUUUUCUGGCUGAAAUUUUCAAAAAGGUAAGUUUUGAUCCCUAUAAUUUUCUGAUCACUAGACUUUCAGCUAGGAAAUCCGAACAGAUGAAAAAUUUUUAGGGCAUAAAAAUAUGCUUAUAUCUACCGUUCAAAUACUAAAAUACGUUUAACAAUGCUAUGUUUAAGUGGUUUUGAACUAUAUUCUCGUUGGGUGCCCCUGAUAUAGGGGCAUACAUGAACUUCCGUUGUGACUCUCAUACAACAACAACAACAACAACAACAUUUAUUUCGCAGUAUCAUUUGGGAUACAGGGGCGGAUCCAGGAUUUUUUUUAGGAGGGGGUGCACUCGUCUCUUGCUCUACUUCAACACCGAUAAGCCACAUAGUUUUUUUUUUUGCGGAAUACCAGUUGUAUUAGAGAACCGCAGGUCAUCUCAGGGGGGGUGCGCACCCCCUGCACCCUCCCCCUAGAUCCGCCCCUGGGAUAACAGUACUUCCAUAGCUUAUACGCGGCGAUAUAACCGACCCAGAGUGUAGCGAAAACAAUCUGACUGCUUUCUAAGAAAGAUUUAGACUUCCGUUGUUAAUGGAAUAUGGGACGCAGUUCGCGCGGUUCGUUUUUCUUCGUCAUCUGUCAAUCGAAAAUCGAACCACUUAGAAAAUAAAGCCUUUUGGACCGACAGGAAUUUUUCUUUUCAACGCUCAGAAAGGGGAAAUUACAUUCUGCUGGCCCCUUUCUGACAUUCUGCGUGGGUACAUUGGGGCUUCAUAGUGCGUCAGGCUGCGCAAGCUCAAGACUACUUCGAAUACGAUUUGUAUCAGUUUGGUUUGCCUGCGGGCAUGAAUAUCGUGCGCACACGCACCGACACACGCACCGUAAAUAGCAAUGUUUUCAUCGUUGUCGUAGCUUGUCGUAGCCUAGAUGCGACCAACUGUCCUCGCAGCAGAACCAAGAAUAGAUUUCAUGAAUAGUUUUCAUAGGAGGAGGGCCAGGUGUGGGGAAUUCGCUCUCUUAGCUCAUUCUUUCUUGCUACUCUUGUUUUAGAGUCUGGAAACAAUAGGUACGCUUGUAAAUUACCCUCCUUUUCUUGCAAAAGUGUUAUUAAAUUGACCCCUGCACUUUAGCCCCACCGGUGUCAAGCGUUUGAAAGGUAAGGGAAGGAGGACCCCAUUGAAGCGUUGCGUGACAAAGAAUACCUUCUGUCAACAACCAUGGUCACAAGGGAGGCAACAUUCGUCACGGGGGUGAUUAGUUUUGCAUCAUGGCUCGAACACUUUUGGUUCUUGCAGUCUUAGUUCCUCUUGUGUGCUUCUUGCUGGUAAAAUAUCAGGAUGCAGAUUUUGUGCUUAUGAUUUACGAAUUGAUAGGUGAAAAUCCCGCCGUAGCGUUGCGCGGGAAAGUUGUGUGGAUCACUGGAGCUUCAAGCGGUAUCGGUGAAUAUUUAGCUUACGAACUGGCUAAAUAUGGCUGUAAGUUGGUGCUUUCUGCACGAAGAAAAGAUGAACUAGAAAGAGUCAAGAAAAAUUGUGCAGGUAGGUCAAAAACGAUAUAAAUGUGAGUAAGCUUAUAAUAUAACUGCUUGGAGCUUGUGGUUGAAAUAGUCUGAAACAGGUGAGCUUGAUUAUUCUGGAAACCAACAAUUAUUUCUGGGAUGAGGCUGUGUAUCAUAUGAAGAAUUAUGCAGAUCUCAGAGGGUAUUAUCCGCUGAGGUUGAUAACACCUUCGUGCCUUACAGUCGACCUGUAUUAAGCGGUAACUGUCCGGGAAAACCAACUCACUGCUUAAUUCUUUAGCUGGUUGACCUAAGAUGGUGACAAAGCUAAAUAUCUAUCACGUGACAAAUUGCAGGCCUUUAAAGAGUUACUUUGUACAUCUUUCUUGUGCCAAAAGAAAGCGAAUGACCACUUUAGGUUGAUUCCAUGCACAUUGUAGUUAUUGUGCAAGUGUGGUAGAUCUUAAAAAAGAGCCUGCUUAAUAGAGGUCAAUGUGUUAUUUAAAAUUCAGAUUGGUUUGACAGAUCAGAGGCCCUGUUUAAGGGUAAAAUUCUGACAAGCAACACAGCCUUAAAACAGCAUCAUAAGAACAGAUAAAAUGGUGACAAAUGACAUAAAAAAUUAUGUGUUAAAUACUGACAGGGACAUGGCCCACUCCUCGAUAAUGCGUAAUGGCUGUUUUUGAAAUCCAGACCUAGGGACAUACGUAUCCCCCUUCCCUUGCCCCCCGAAGAGGGCCUCCUAACAUUGGUUGAACUGUUUUAUGCCUGCUUAUCGUCAACCAUCACCCAUGGGGGAGCAGUUUCAGCAUAUUGCACUUGACAUUUAAUUGACCAAGAUUAUUAUAUAAUUUAUAUUUUAUUAUUAUGAUAAUUAUAUUUAUUACAGUCAAACCAGGUCAAGCGUUCCCGUCGCUAACAAACUAAUGAAUUCAUUAAUGGUAAAACGAUUUCGUUUGUUGAUUCUAUAAUCCAUUCAUAAAAUGAAUAAUCCAACAGUCAAAUUGUACCUCGAUUCAAUAAUCAAAUGUUGAUUUGGUUUACGAACAAAAUCUACCUGUUCUUUAUUCUUGUCUGUUGUGUUCAAUCGUAUUUGCUUCCCUUUUCCUGCCGUUUACGAUUGCGUUUUUCAUUGCCUUUAAUCAAAAUAACAGCUAGAAUAGACAGACCGCAAACGCAAAGAAACUGACAAAGGCCGAGGAUCGAAAUCCACCAAUCACCGCACAUACACUGACCUCAGUUUGACUGUCGUGUUUUCUAAGAGGUCAGGCCUAGGUCUGUUGCACUGAUUACUGGCAGAAAACUGGCGUACAUGUAACAGUUUGUUUGGGUUUGAACUUCAGAACUCGCCCGCACUCGACUCUCAGAAAAAAAGAGGAAAAAACAAAAUUCUGAGGUCAACUUGUGGAAAGUGUAGUUUUUCAAAAAACAGUAAUCGAAUCAACAUUCGAUUAUGGAAUCGAGGCUAAAUUUGAAUAUUGGAUCGUUCAUUUUAUAAAUGGAUUAUUGAAUCAACAAACGAAAUCAUUUUUCGUAAAUGAAUUCAUUAGUUCGUUAGCGACGGGAACGCUUGACCUGGUUUGACUGUAAGACCAAGGUAAAGUUCAGAAAAGUGAAAAGUGGCAUGGAGAUAUAAAUGUACAAAAUUGUGAAAGAUCUAAAGCUACACUGUCUUAAUUACUUUUGAAGCCUUUCAAUGGCCAAAACUUGUUUUGAUAAGGAUACAUUUUAAUGCUCAACUUGCUAGAGCAAGUCUCACCCUGGGUGCGUGUGUGUUUGAAGGGAUUGUGGGGGGUAACUGUUCUAAGUAUGGGUGAGGGGAUGUGUCUGAGGGUAACUCUGUUCAGGAUAAAAAUGAAAUCUGAUUACUUGCCCAGCAGUGUGUGAUUGCUGUUUAGAGCAGCGGACAGAUACAUGGAAACCCAGAUGAAGUGUAUGCCCUGCUCUUGACAGAGAGUAAAAAAUGCUCUUUGUGUAGAUAGGUGACAACAUAAGGAAGUACCCUAUCCCCAAAGGUCGACUCCUGAAGUCUGAAUGCAGGUAGAAUCAAAGAUUUUUAUUUAUGUACUGAGUUUGUUUUUACUAUUUCUUUCCUACCAGCAAUUUUCCUUGGCAAUGACCCAUCAUUUAAAAAAGAUCAAGAAAUUCUAGUCCUUCCAUUGGACUUGCAAAAAUUUGAUACACAUGAAAAACUGGCCCAAGAUGUCCUCAAGCAUUUUGGAAAGGUAAAAUUAAGAAACUAGUGUAAUGUAUAUAGGGCUUAAAUUUAACAGAAGCUGGUCUGAGUGGACAGCCAGGUUAAGGGUUGAUAACUGACAUCAAAGCUGAUUUUUCUAGUGCUAACCCAUGGCCACUCACUUCAUUGUGUGGCUGCCUCAUGUCAUGCUGUUCCAGGUUCUAGAUCGGUGUGAUUUAUCCAGCACCAGACUGCAAGACAGAAAAAAACAAUAGCAUCCAAUUGUUAUAAAUCACAUUUUUAUAUAAGAAACAUCAACCUAAUAAUAUAAAAUUUAAUUUGGUAUUUCUUAAAAGUUUCUCCCUUUUAUGUUCAGUUAAAGGGGCAACCAUCUUAAUGCUUUUCUUUAUGUCAGUUCAUUCUUAUGGCAAUGCAAUUAUAGACUGUUGUCUUCUUGAUGCUUAAUUCAGCUGUACGUCUCGGUUUUUUUGUACACUGUAGUGUUUUCUCUUAAAUAUUUAAAUUUCUGUGUGUUAAUACAUUGUGUAGUUUGUGCCUAUUAUGUCAAUGACCAUGAUGUCAACUUCUUAAGUAAACCUCUUUUCAAUAGUUAGUUCCAUAUUAACAGGUUGUCUGUUGAAUUUGGGUUGAAUUUAGAGAAAAUGUAGUGCCAGUAGGUAGUGCCUGUGGUAUUGUGUUACUUUUGUAUAUUGCACGUAGGUUUUCCUCUUCUUGUGUGUUCAUAUCGUAUUCAUCUUGUACUGUGAGCGAUUUGUUGUUAUUAAAGCUGUUAGAGUUUCUUUGUUAGAUGUUCCUGUCUUUUCAACACUCGUGUGAGGGCUUUCUUUUCCCAGGGACAAAGCAAUUAUUGAACUGUCUGUAAUAAUGAGGUGUCCUUAAGCCGGUGUCUGUAAAGUGGGGUUUGACUGUAUUAUAAAUACAGAAUUUUCUAGCCAUGCAUUUUCCUUCUAGAAUUAUGAAGAGAGCAUGGUUAUGGUACCUGAAAAAAUGAAAAAGAAAAAUAUUGUUACAAAGUUACUGACUUUUUUUUUAUUGGUGAUGUCUUUGGAAAAAAAGGUUUUAAAAAAGUGUUACAUCACAUUUAUCUAUUUGAGUGCAGAAUACAGACUUAACCAAAACUUAGUAUACCUGCCAACUUUUUCUGAGAUAUAAGCGUGAGAGUUUUAUCCUGGGAGUGCUGGGAUUUUUGAAGACGACACGAUCAUUUCCAAAGAUUCCCGAAGAAGUCCGAAGUCUUCCGAUCCGAAGUCUACCGAAGUCUACUGAAGGCGAGCUCGCUCCCAGUGCUUUUCACUUCGAAAAGGAAGGUAUUGUCAUUUAUUCAUUUUACACAUGGUUUUCGUUCCUUACAUGGGUCUAAGUUAACAUAUGUUUGGAAAUUGUGUCAAGCAAGACGGCAACAACUCACAUUUUUCAAUCAGGCGUGAGAAAUUGGCCCGCAAGCGUGAGCCGGCGUGAGAUCGAAGUUUUCAACCCGCAGGCGUGAGACUCACGCCUAAGGCGUGAGAGUUGGCAGGUAUAACUUAGUUGUUUAAAAUAUGCCAGGAGAAAAAUCAAUGUAUUGAUUUAGUUUAAAGGUACUCAUGUAUACCUAAAUAUAUUAAUGUUUCAAAACCACUAAGUGCUGUCCUAAUCAAGUUCUUAUGUAAAGAAACUUUCCAUACAAUCCUAAGUACAGUGUCUUCGUCUCUUUUCAGGUUGAUAUUUUGGUUAAUAAUGGUGCAAGGGCACAAAUGGGUUUGAUAAGAAAGACCUCACUCGAAGUUGACCGAGCUAUUCUGGAUUUGAAUACUGUUGGCACUAUUUCCCUGACAAAAGCAAUUCUUCCCCACAUGAUUGAACGCCGAAAAGGACAGAUUGUUGUUGUGAGCAGCCUUGCUGGAAAGUUUGGUAAUUUAAAAUUUAAGUUUGUAGAAUAUUUUAAUCCAAAAAGUGAUGAAAAUGCUUCCAUUAAAUGCUAAAAGUGGCUCAAGUUCCAAUGACAUGCUUCAUCUCACCAGCCAUGUACCCAUUCCAGCACUGAUCACUCAUUCCCUCAAUUAACCUUUUAAGUCCCAAGAGUACAUGACCAACAUCAAUUUUUCCCCAACAAUGUUAGAUGUGCAUGAUCAAGGAAGAUCCUAUGAGAAUUAAUAAAAUAAUUUCCAGUAGGAAAAUAUUUUAAUCUUUUAUCAAAUUAUCUUAACUAAUUCUUUACGGAAUGUUAAUUGGAGAUCAGUAUGGAGAAUUUGUACGUGUUUACAUUUGUUGGCUUAAAGGGUUAAGUUCUUAAUUCACCCAGUUACACACCCAUUCAGGCACACAGACAUGCACUCAUCUUAUUACUACAUGACCUUCUACCGCAAUUUUGAAUAUAAAAGAGGCCUUUUCCGGCCCUUUUUGGAAUUUUUAGAACUGUGUCAGCUCAUAUAAUAGAAAUUUAAGAAGAUGGUAUCACUCUUUUAAGAAUAAUUUUUGGAAUCCUUUUUUAUUCUAAGUUUAAUUUUAUACAUCUUGUGUAGUUAAAAUGAUUAUAAUUUACUACAGUAAUUUUUUUCAGGGUCCCCUUAUACUGGUACAUACUGUGCUAGUAAACAUGCAUUGCACGUAUGUAUUCCAAGUUUAUGAAUAUAAAGACUUGUGUUUAUUCAGUGUUGUGUAUGUUAAUAUGCACCUUGUUUGAGUCAGUUUCCCUUUAGUUUUAUUUCUUCUGUCCAUAUUUACAGGUCAGAAUUAGAUGGAUUUACAUUUUUAUGUUUCUGAGAUUUUAAAUAUCUCCAGGCAAAUUGUUCUUAGACUUGUUUCUCCUUUUCUCAGAUAUAUACAAAAAUAAUAUGCUAUAUAGUCCUCCAAGUAUGUUAAAGACUUUUUUACAGAAAAUCAGUGGGGAUGGGGGGCUGCGGGUUCCCCAGGAAAAUUGUUUCCAGUAUGUAAGUUUAUUAGCCUUUGGCUAUUAGGUGCUACCCUCUUUAAAUAAAGGCUUUACUUACUUACUUACUUACUAUGUGACAGCUAAAGAGAAAGAGAAAAUUUUCUUACGGUAUUUUGAAAGUCAUUGAGCACACCUGGCCAAAAUACCGAAAACCUCACAUGCAGUGUUCCCGAUGUUUUUUACUUCUACAUGUAGCUGCAACUCAAGGAACACACAAGAUCAAGUUAUAUUUUUAGAGAUGUUUAAUGUAACUUAUAAAUGUCUGCUUUAUGUUUCAUUAAAAAAGGUGUAAGCUAUUAAAUUUGCAAAGUAAGCAAAUUUCUACAUUUUUUCCACUUUAUGGAAAAUUUGCAGACUAUUAUAAGAAGAAGUAAUUUUGAUUGGCUGCUUCAGCUUAUAUCAGGCUUUCUUUUCAUUUUUACUCAGUGCCCACCAUAGAGCUUAAUCUCAGGUUAGAUAAAACUUAGACUGCAAGGUCUUAAUAAUUGAAGGCCUCAAUUUUUGAAAAACCUGCAUGGUGUAAUGGUUUUCCCUAAAAUACAAAAACAUCAAUUUUUGAAAAAAGUAUUCCCUAGUUUCUGCAUCAUUUCCCAGAGAACA